AUGAAGUCUUAUCAAUUACUAUUAUUGUCUAAUCAUAUUUUACGAAUAUUUUUUCUAUUCUCUGCACUAAUUAUAACAAUUAAUACAAAACAAGCGGAAGAUAUUCAUCAUUCAUCUGUUGUUGAUUUUAAAAUUCAUAUUGAUAAGUUCAAAAAUCAAAAUUCAAAGAAUCAUGAUACUGGCAAUUAUCAUCAAUUAGUCAGUACAAUAGCAAAAAGUGGACUAUCAAAAAAAUUUGAAGAUUUAGUCACUGAUGAAGGCUUCAUUUUAACUGCACUUAAACAACAACAACGACAACAACGACAACGACAACGACAACAACAACAACAGCAAGGACAACAACAAAACGAAAAUGAAAAAGGAGUAAAUAAUGAAGGAAACUCUGCUGUUGCUACUACUACUGCUACUACUAUUAUUAUUGAAAGUGCAAAUAGCACUAUCACUGAUAAACAGAAUUUAUCAAUUGUUGGGACAAAUUUUAUAGAUUUCUCAUAUCCAACAAAUAAUCCUGUAAAUAAAGAAAUUUCAUUAGCUAUUCAUUCAAUAUCAAAUAAUUCUAAUCUUUUCCAAUCAUUAAUUAAUCAAUCAAUUCGUAAUGAUAACAAUGGUGAUAGUAGUAGUAGUAGUAAUAGUAAAGAUAGUAGCAGCAAUAUUAAAUGGAAAUUUUUGAAUCAACGAAUGAUUAAUUUAAACGAUGGUGACAGUAAUCAUCGAAGAAAACGUUGGGCAACAGAUGAUACAAGUGAUAAGGAUGAAAUGAAUAAGAUAUUUGAUACAUUAUCAUCAACAAAUUAUGAUUCACCAACAAGUGCUUCCGAUGAAAUGUUAACAUCAUCAGAUUAUCAUAUUCAUGAUAAUGGUGAUGAUGAUGAUGUUGAUAAAAGUGAUAACACUGAUGAUAGUCGAUUUCGAAUACCAGUGGAAAAUAUUGUUAUUAUGGGUAGUGAUGCAGAUGCAGAUGUUGAUGAUAGUAGUAGUGAUAAUAAUGGAAUGUUCAAAGGUACAACAUUUGAUGAGAUCGAAACAACGGAUAGUUAUGAGCAGAUGAAUUCCGUUGAAGAAACUGAAAAAGAUGAUGAAAAUAUGGAAAUGGGAAUUGUUCGAAUUGCACCGGAAAUAUUACCAAAAGAUAGCAUUGAAAAUUUAAUGGAACCAACGAUGCAUCAAUUUGGAUUGGAAGCAAAAACAGAUGAAAUAAUGGAUGAAAAAUUACUAAAAAGUGAUAUAAUUGGAAGAAAAAAUCAUAUGGGAAAAGAAGAUGAAAUAGAUUGGGAAGGUAGCGGUGUGCAAGAUGAAGAACUUCAAGAAUAUGAAAAGACGGGCAAGACAACAAUUGCAGUACCAGAGCAAUCUUCCAUACAUACAUCAUCAGAUUAUCCACGUGUUAAGCCAGAAAAGGGUGAAAAAGGUGAUAAAGGUGAUCGAGGUGAACCGGGACCACCAGGGGAACCUGGAACGUGUCCUAUCGAAUGUCAGCCAGGACGUGAUGGACGUGACGGCAUACCUGGAAUGCCGGGAGAAAUGGGACCAAUGGGACCAAUAGGACCACCUGGCCCAGCAGGACCACCUGGGCUAUCAACGCAGAUAGUACAAGAGGGACCACAAGGAGUUCGAACAGUAGCUGGUCCCACAGGACCACAAGGACCACCUGGACCAAUGGGACCAAGAGGACCACCAGGGCCACGGGGCGUCGGAGAACCAGGAUUUCCAGGAGCUCCAGGAGUUCCAGGUCGUUGUGAAAGAUUACAUCCUGAAGAUAUCGAACGUAUCGUUAGCGAUCCUCGAAUUAAGGGUGAAAAAGGCGACUGUCUCCCAGGAAUACCAAUUCGCCAUCCAGGUGAAAGUAAAGAAUUACCACCAUAUGAUUCUUAUCAGCGUCAUUAUGCCAUGAAAGGCGAAAGAGGUGAACGUGGUGAGAUAGGACGAAUGGGUCCAAUGGGUCCAAUUGGACACCCUGGACCACCUGGACCUCCUGGACCACCUGGACCACCUGGACCUCCUGGACCACCUGGACAUCCUGGACCGGCUGGACCACCAUUAGCUGCUUAUCCACAACCAACGCACAUUGCACCUGGAGGAGUUCAAGUAUAUCCAACUACAAUUGAAUUAUUUACUGCAUCACAUGGUAUGCCAAUAGGUUCGCUUACUUUUUGUAUAUCAAGUCAACAAUUAUAUAUACGUGUUAAUGGUGGCUUCAAAGAUAUUAAACUCGAAGGUUUUCAUCCAAUUAUGGAACGUCGUCCAACAGUUGAUGAAUCAUCAAAAUCUGAGGUACAAUAUCAAAUUCCUUUGAUGUCCAAUGAUGACUCAUUGAUACCAUCACAAGUAUCAUUAUCACAUCAUAGAAUAUCACCAAAAUUAAAUAUUCCCCAAAAAAAUCAACAUUUAAUUUCUGAUACAUAUGAUAAACAAUCAAGAACUGCUGAUAUCAUUCAUCGACCACAGAUAUUCGAUGCAUCACAAUCUAUCAAAUCUUAUCAGCAACAUCAUAAAUCAUUAUUAUCAUCAGAAAUCACUCCAUCAACAUUUUCCAAUCAACAAUCAUGGCAAACAUUUGAAUCAAAACAUCACUUAUCAUAUCCACGUACAGAAUAUCGGCCACCAGCAGGUCAACUUUAUCCAAGGUAUCGUUUACCAUCCGGUUCAUCCGGAUCAUCAGGAUUAUCACGAUUAUCACCAAAUGAACGAUUACAUAAAUCUCAUCAUUUAUCGCAAAGAUUAGAUCACACUCCUUCAACACUACAAUCUUUUCCAUCAUCUCAACAUAUAUCAGUGCAACAUCAACGAAUAGAGCAUCAAAAUCCGUCAGUUAAACCGGAUUACCAUUCCGAACAUAUUGCACUUGCAACCGUUGCAACAACAUUUAGUCCGGAAUGGUCUAAACAGCAAGCGACAAUUUCAUUACCGGAUGAGCAAGAAGCUCAUCGUUCACGUUAUCCGGAUCAUGAACGAUUGCGUUAUCGUGAACGACCAGGACCGGAUCGAACGCAUUCCGCUCUGUUGCCGCAUAGUCUUCAAGCUAAAGAUCUUGUCCUUCAUCUCAUAGCAUUAAAUACACCAAUGAGUGGUAAUAUGCGUGGCGUACGUGGAGCUGACUUAGCAUGCUAUCAGCAAGCUCGACAAGCUAAUUUCCGUACUACUUUUCGAGCAUUCCUGUCAUCACAUGUUCAGGAUUUAAACAAAGUGGUACAUAGCGGUGAUCGCGAUACCCCGGUAGUAAAUCUUCGCGGUGAACGGUUGUUUGAUUCUUGGAGUGAUAUUUUCCAGCAAAGACAAAUGGCUGACUUACCCAUUUAUUCAUUCAAUCGUCGAAAUGUUUUUGCUGAUUCUAUAUGGCCUGAAAAACGUAUAUGGCAUGGUUCCGAUUUAUCCGGUAUGCGUAGUGAAUCCGGUUACUGUAGUGCAUGGAGAUCAGCGUCAACAACACAAGUAGGACGAGCAUCAUUCAUUGGACGUGGUUUACCGUUAUUACGUGAUAGUCGAGAUUCUGAAUGUUCACGUGAAUUAGUCGUACUUUGCAUUGAGAAUAUGAGUAAAUACAAUGCCGACAAACGUUUGGGUAAGAAGAGAGCAUAUUUUAGUGAAUAA